AUGUCUGUAGAAUUCACCCUCGAUGAACUCGUACAGAGGAGUCCCGCUAGGUUUACCGAUCAGGGCUACGUAGCCCAACGAUUUUACACCGCUGGAAAAGGCAAUGACUCGAAAGAAACGGAUGGCCUCGCGACCUGUAUUAGAGUUGCAGUCGCGGGUGACUAUGGUGAACCUGAGGCCUCUGGCGACGACCGUUUCUUAGCCCACGUCGACGAUCUUGAGGAUCCUGUUUUGGAGGGCUUUAUUCCUCUAGUAAGAACUGCCAUAGAAAACGGCCUGCACAACUUGCGGGCAAUCAUGGUGGUUCCGCAACCGGGUACGGAUGCCGACAAUCCUGACGGCACGAACGACGAUCAGCUUCGUCAGGACGAGAUUUUUGACCUGAUCGGGACCGUUGUGGAUUAUAACAAUAUUCAAAUCGAAUCUCAUGACAACGAUAAAUCGUGGCGCCUGGAGAUUGAGGGAAACAAGAACUUUAAGUUCGGCCGUAAAAUGGGCGAUGUGUAUGACGACGAUGAUGAGGAUGACGACGAUGACGACGAUGACGACGAUAACGAUGAUAACGAUGAUAACGAUAAUAACGAUGAUAACGAUGAUGAGGAUAAUAAGUAUGACGAGGAUGACGACGAUGACGAUGAUGACGAGGAUUAUGUGGACGAUGAGGAUGAUGAAGAUGAUGAGGAUGAGUACUAA